UUGGUCCUAUCCUUCCGAGUGGCCAACCUUCAUCUGGGGUCUUCUUGCCUCCACAAAUGGUCUGCGACUGGAUGGCCAACGAAUUGAUAGAUUGGCUUUUAACCGACAUUGUGCACCAGCUGGAUACAGCCAGCUUCAGGCUGGCUGAACACUUGGUGGCCAACGAGCUCAGUCUGUCCGGAGUCAGUGGUACCACUAGCUACAGUUGUAAUGAUGCUGGCGAUUGUCAUGAGCCUAUAAUGACCUUGCCCAGUGCUAACUCGACGAUGGUGUUGACAGGGAAGACAGGACAUACUCGGUCACAUGAAGAAUCCAUUUUAGCAGCCAUAAAUAGGCCGUUAGGCAAUGUUGAUCCUUUUAAGACCCAGGGCAUUUUCGAGAAUGUAGGACUGUCCAUUUCGUUGAAUCCAGAUGCGUCUGUGAAUAUCGUCGAUGCCGAUGAAGUGAAAACUGCCGGCCGGUCCACCGUCUCAUCAUCCACACUUCAGGAGUCGACCACCUCUCCGGUCUAUGACAGCGAUCACUUUGAGUCGAUUAGCACAACCGGCAUAUCUGGACACUGGGCAGAUAAGGCAGCCUCCAGCUGCAAAAGUGACAAUGGGGGUCGUACGGUCAACCACGACGAUGGUGCUGCCAACGAAGAAGGUUAUGCCAACAGCAGUGAAGACGAUGCAAAUGAGCUUUCCGCUUCGGAUGGCCGGUCUCUGGGCGAUAUAAUCUCU